AUAGACUAUGAUACGGGACUGAGGGUAUAUUUAGGGCAAAUCAUUUCAGUCUCCCCAAUCGCCUCCAUCUCGUUCUCACUGAACUUGCCCCCUCUCUCGGCGAUAUCAUUUCAGAUUGUUCAAAAAAUCAAAACCCAUAUCUUUCCGUUUCCAUCGCCCGCUGUUCCAGUUCGGGUUCGCCCUUCGCAAGCUUCAGCCGCUGUCUCUCAACUCUCAAGCUUGCCCCCCCCUCUCUCUCUCUCUGCAACUGCUAACUUGUAUGUAUGGAUUUUGUUUUAAUUUUUUUUUUUCUCUCUCUCUCCCUCUCUUUCUGUAUCUGUGUGUCUCUCUCUCUGUGAAAUAGCUUCUGCUUAAACAGCCUCCGCUAUCGCCUCAGGUGACAAGCAGGACACUCUUCUUAGGAUCUCGUGAGGUUAUUUGCCUUGAACUUGAAUCAAAUCAUUGCAUAUUGAGCUUCUAUACUAUUCUCUCUCUCUCUCUGAAAUGGCAGCGAUCUGCUAUCAAUCUUCUUUCAAGCUACUAUCCACAUCUCCUUCAACAAACCUCUCCAAACCCAACUUUUCUCUCUCUACAACCUUCAGAUGCAACCUCUCCGCCCCUUCUCUUAAACCCCUAAUUGCAGAACCAGAUCCAGUUUUCACUUCCGUUAAAUCCUUCGCACCAGCCACGGUGGCUAACCUCGGCCCAGGCUUUGACUUCCUUGGUUGUGCCGUUGACGGCAUCGGCGACUACGUCACUUUGCGAGCCGAUCCCGACGUCCAUCCUGGAGAAAUCUCCAUCUCCGACAUUAGCGGCGUGGGCAGCUGUUCCAAGAAACUCAGCAAAAACCCUCUGUGGAAUUGUGCCGGAAUCGCCGCCAUUUCCGUCAUGAAGAUGCUCAACAUCCGAUCGGUGGGCCUCUCUCUUUCCCUCGAGAAAGGUUUGCCUUUGGGAAGCGGCCUCGGAUCGAGCGCCGCCAGUGCCGCUGCGGCAGCAGUCGCGGUGAAUGAGAUUUUUGGUGGCCCAUUGUCUGUGUCAGAUCUCGUCCUUGCCGGACUCGAAUCGGAGUCCAAGGUCUCCGGUUACCAUGCCGAUAAUGUGGCACCUUCGCUCAUGGGGGGUUUCGUGCUGAUUCGAAGCUAUGAUCCUUUGGACAUGAUUCAAUUAAAGUUUCCACCUGAAAAGGAAUUGUUCUUUGUGUUGGUAACUCCAGAAUUCGAAGCUCCGACGAAGAAAAUGAGAGCAGUGUUGCCAUCAGAGAUUACAAUGGCUGAUCAUGGUUGGAAUAGUACACAGGCUGCAGCAUUGGUGGUUUCAAUUGUAUUGGGGGACUCGAGAGGUUUGGGGAAAGCAUUAUCCUCUGAUAAGAUUGUGGAGCCAAGAAGGGCGCCUCUGAUUCCAGGUUUUGUAGGGGUGAAGAAGGCAGCGAUUGAGGCGGGGGCAUAUGGGUGCACAAUAAGCGGUGCUGGGCCCACUGCGGUGGCCAUAAUUGAUGAUGAGGAGAGGGGGAGGGAGAUUGGGGAGAGAAUGGUGGAAGCAUUUAUGAAGGAUGGGAAUCUCAAGGCCUCAGCAAUGGUUCAGAGGCUCGACCGUGUUGGUGCUCGGCUUGUUAGUAGCAUUUCUAGGUGAAGGGUAUGCUUUAAUUUUUGGUGCAACGUUGAUUGCUAUCAUUUUGGCUUCUGCUGACAUUUUAGAGUUUAAAUGCUCUCCUCUUUGAGUUAAUGGUUAACAUCUUGCAUUUCUUGAUC